UGGAAUUUGAAUUGGAAUUGGAAUUGGAAUUGGAGUGCGUUCACAUCUCUACAGCAGCGAGCAAGUGGAGAGCCAACUGAGCGCAAUAUGCUGACGGGUCAUGUGCGCUUGGGCAAAUUACUCUUCGUGAUCAUCUCCAUAAAGCUGUUCAUCAUGGUCAUGUUCUUUAGCUAUGACAGCUCGAAUGAGGUAGUUCCACCAGAGCGCUUUGUGAUCAUCGAUGAGCUGCUGGUGGACAAAAGCGAUGAGCCCAGCUGGACGGAACAGCUGAAACUGAUACGAAAGGAGCUGCCCUCAUUUCCGCUCGAGGAAAUGCUGCGUCGAAGUGCGGAGACACCGAAAUGCGGCCAAGUGCCCGGCCCCUUGAACAUCGAUUUCAGCAACGACUAUUGGCAAACUUUCCUGAAUGACAACCUCACUUACCACAUCUAUGGCGCCUACUACGACAACAGGGAGAUGAUGGGCGAGGCGCCGGUGGUGCGCGUGCUAACCAUGAUCAAUUACUAUGGCCAGCAUGAAAAGAUGCGCUAUCCGGCAACCUUUUGUCAGCUCUGGUUCAGGGAUCGCGUCGAGCCGGUUGUCGUGAAUGUCACAGAUCACAAGUUAAUUUGGUUAUGGGGCGGUUCCUCGGCCUAUUCCUACCCAACGCUCCUCAGCUGCUGUUUGCCCAAAACGAACGGCAGCAACGCCCAGGAGGCACCUGAAAUGGUGUCGCUGGUAACGCAGCCCUGCGACAAGUCACGGAAUCUAAUGCGUGUCACUUACGAGCCGGACGAAAGUAGUACAGCUGUCACAGACGUUGCGCAGAAGCAGCAGCCGGAACAGCAGCAGGAGCAAACGAACAACACGCAACUACAACGGAAACCAUUACGGUUUAUGGUCUGCCUCAAGUGCAUGGACUUUAUCUACAGAGACUUGUCCUGGCGCCUAAUUGAGUGGCUGGAGUUGAUACGCAUUCUGGGCGCCGACAAGGUGGUCUUCUAUGAUUGUCAGAUACAUCCGAACAUAACGCGAGUGCUGAACGACUAUAUGCAAACCAGUCCCGGCUUUGUGGAGCUGAGGCCCAUCUCGAUGGCACGCGGCGAGCCGCACGCUAUGCCACACUUGCAGCACUAUGCGAUGCAUGCGGACACCUUGAAUCGCUUACUGAACGAAAUGAUACCGUACAAUGACUGCUUCUAUCGCAACAUGUACAAGUACGACUACAUUGGCGCCUUUGACAUUGAUGAGGUGAUCAUGCCGCUGGGCAAUGUCACCAAUUGGACAGAUCUAAUCGAUCUGGCGUACAAGGUGCCCGACUAUCAGCGGGAGACGUGGAACUGCAGUGAAUGGGUUAGCUUUUGCUUUCGCAACGUCUACUUUCCGGCCUACCCCGAACGACCCAAGGUAUAUAAGCAGCUGCCCAGCUUCUACUACAUGCUGCAGCAUGUGGAGCGCGUUGCCGAGCACAGUGAUCGAUUUUCGGCCACCAAGUGCCUGCACUCCACACGCUAUACGAUCGGGCUGCACAACCACUUUCCACUCUUUCGGGCGGAUACGGGCGAGUGCGAGGCGAAAUCGGUACCCAUCCAGUAUGCCCAGCUGCAGCACUACCGCGAGCCGGAAGACAAGACUCUCCUCUUAGAUAAUCCCAUCAUAGACGACAGCAUUUGGCGAUUUCAGCCGUUGCUGCAGCAGCGUGUCUAUGCCCAAUACGAGCGGCUCGGCUUUCUGCCCAGCGUGGAGCAGGUGCUGAUUGCCAAGGAGCAGCGUCACAAGGACGACGAGCUCCAAUUAAACAAAUCAAUCUCAAUGGGGUAGAUUCUCGUAUCUCAUCCAAAUGCUAGGCUGGCGUGUUUUUUUUGUUUAUAUAUACACUUUUUUUUUUUUUCUUUAUUUAAUAAUGUAAUGGCCCACCCG